AUGGUGCUCGACUUUCCCGAUGGAGGCGUCCUGCUUGAGGGCUCGGUCGGGUCUGCGGCCAAGCUCCCCGAGCAGGCGUUCGCCAUUAGUUUAAGUGGAAGUGUCAUUGAGGACAUGAUUUCCUGUGUUCAGAAUGGCGGAGAUAUUCAAUUGGCACUGGGAAGCAACCCAAAAUUCCUCUUUGACGAUCACGAGAUUCGCAUCCCUAAGACGUCCGACCCUUCCGGUUACGAUCUUUUCUUGGCCAAUUCUGAUCGCCCAUCGAGCGCAACCAAGCUACCAAACCCCACCAUGUCGAUCCUAAAAACCCCGAAGCAACACCAACAAUAUUUGAAGACCAAGGCUACCAAGGCGAGCAAACCGACACAGAGGAAGGCCCCAGCCCGAGCUCCGGCGGUAACCUCGAAAGCCGCACCGACCGUUGCCGCAGCCCGCCCCGGCUCUUCGACUAAGGAUCCAGACUCUCGUGGCGGCCCUGAGGAUGCUACAGCAAAGCUUAAGCGCUCGUUUGAUAACUUGGCGGCGGACAAGAGGGAGAACUCCGCUGUUAUUGUUGGUGGUCUACCCAACCCCAAAGGGGGGAAAUUCGGGCGACUGCUUGAUACGCAUGGCGGCCAUUCGCCUCGAUCAUUGCCUCCCAGCCCAGCAUUGAGUGGGAUCGGUUCCCCGUCUCUUGCGGCUUCCGGACAAACAACACAGGAUAAAGCGAAGCAGCAACGCUUCCCGCUCAUGCAUGAACUUGCCGUUCAAGAUUUGUCCCGGGACGGCCUCCUGGCGAGAUGGAAUGAGGGGACGGAGGAGGAAUUCAACACCGUUCUCGACAAAGUGGCGUCUUUCGACGAGGAGCUCCAGACGUGGGUUUUGAGAAAGAACUGCUGGAAAGACCUCGAUAUCUUUGAGUACAAGUAUUCAAGCGAGGAUCGUCGACAGAAGGCGAUCAGCAAUGCGAUCAAGUGGUUCGAUCGCAACCGUGUGAGCGCCUCGGACCCCUUGUGGCAGAAGCUCCUGCCCAAGAGAGAUCGCGGCAAAGGUAUUUGUCUGAGCAAUCUACAAGUGACCCUGGCCAAGGGCCCCGUAGUUACGGCGCCGAAGCAGCGGGCCGAGACUGCCAGCGCGAGCGGCGGCGACUCGGAAAAGGAUGAGUCCGGCGUACCAGUGGCGAAGGGCAAAGGUGGCGAGGCUAUGUCAAGGUCUAACUCGCAAACGUCGACUGGGAAGAAGAAGUUGUCGGCAUCCGAAGCGCAGGCGAAGCGACUGUUGUCUACUACGAAAAAGAAGGCUUUGCCGGCGCCGGGCUCAAAAGCUGCUUCGAAGACUUCGGCUCCCAAGCCAACGGCCAAAGCCGCACCGGCCAAAGGUGGACGGGUUCUCUCCAAAGAGUUCGUUUCCGACUCAAGCUCGAGUGACGAUGAGGUACCCCUUUCGACGUCGAUGGGGAAGAGCAAAGCCGCCGGAGUUUCGGCCCCGAAGCCGCCACAGAGGGUCGAGAACCCAAAACCGGCGGAGAAGCCGAAGCGAGGGGUCAAGGAGGUGACCGCAGCAAAGCCGAAACCAACCCCGGCGGCUAGGAUUCCGCCGCGGGAGCGGAAGACCGAGAAGGAUAAGGAUACCAUUCAUGACCAGGUCAUCGCCAAGCCGAUUCGACCGCAGCCGAAACGCCCACGGGAUGCUGAGGACGACGACAGCUCUAGUUCUGGCACGCCGCUGAGCAAGCGAGUAAAACCUCCCGCCAAGCCCCUUCCCGCAUCCGUCAAUUCAGCCAAAGCCCGCACAGCUUCCGAUGCGAGCCAGAACCGAGGUGUGUCUGCGGCCAAGGCCAAGAACACGUCGCCCACAAAGUCGUCACCGCUCGCUUUGUCCCCGCCAACGAAUGCGUCCGAGGUUGAGCAGGAUCGUGUUGCCCGUCCCCGGGAACGGGAUCGGGAGCGCGAGCGGCGCCGGGAGGUGGCCGUGCGGAGUUCUAGCAGCACCACCGACAGUAGCAGUAUUGGGCUUGGUAUUGCCCGGAAGCGCCCUCCGGUGGAGUCGUUGUCUGGGAGCAAGCCUAAGCGGCAGCGGCCCUCGCAAGAGACGGUCGAGUUGGCGGCCAAGUUCAGACAGUUUUACGGCCGGUAUCUGCAGCUUCAUCGCGAUGUUGCUAGCCAUGAUAACCCCGAUCCCGACCAGGUGACGGAUUUGCUGGAUAUGCACCAACAGUUGAGCCGCAUGAAGACGGAGAUUUAUGCGGCAGUGGAGGUCUGA